AUGGGAGACCAUCAUGGUCUGUCCCAGGUGUGGCUCUGUCCCAUGUCUCCCUUCCACGAGUGCUGCCUGCCGGGGUUGAUGUGCCCCGAGCCCUUCGCCGUCACCUCCAACGAGACCUGCGUGAUCAAAUACCCCGACACCGUCGUGGACAUCGUGGAACCCGACCACCCUCCCUACUCCCUCAUCUACCCCGGCCCCACCCUCACCACCUUCCCCCAGCGCACCAUCGUGGGAUCCACCGGCCUGCUGGACCUCAGGAGCUUCCUGGGCUCCCGGGGAUCUCUUGGGUUCAGGGAGCUCGCAGGCCAGCCUAAAUCCAGCAUGGAUAUCUGUGGAUAG